UCAUAGCAAUUACAAAUAUUGCCACUCCAGUUCAUGUUGAAGCUCUUGCACAAAUGCUUUACCAAAUUCCAGAGCUUGAAAGUGUUCGACCUAAUAAUUUGCCUACAGCAAUAAGGGACAUC